AUGGAUCUGAGGCACAGGAGCACUAAGUAUAAACAGCCAGGUGCGGUCAGGGCCUUGGCGCCCGGUCUCCUCUCUUUGAGUCCACAACAUCCCCAAGCUGUGCGCUGCCCUCGACCGGUUGACAGGGGUCGUGAAGUCGCCCUCUUCUUCUCGGGCUGGGUGAUCUUAGGGAGUGACUUCAGUUAUGAGUUAAAAGGGCGUCUGGGGCCACAGCCCUGGCUUUCUUCAGUUUCUGUCAGACCAUUUGUAAUUGGCACAAUGGAAGAAGUUGGAAUUUAUGGGCUAGCUGUGAAAGCAAAUAUGUUGUGUAACUCUCAAUCAGAUAAUAUUCGUCAUUGUCAAGACUCGAGUUGUGGUAGCACAGAUAACAAACAUUCAUUGGACAAAAAUGAAGACGUUACAUUUGUAACAAAGAAUAGGAAUUUGGUGAGCCCAAGAGAGGAAACCUCUGUCCAGCAUGCUCAGGCGGAUAUCCCUGAUGGUCGGCAGGUUUCAGAGCACAACAGCAACAAAGAAAAAACUUUUGGAAAAGAAGUUUUCUUAUUAAUGCAAGCCCUAAACACCCUUUCAACUCCAGAGGAGAAGCUCGCAGCUCUCUGUAAGAAAUAUGCCGAUCUUUUGGAGGAAAGCAGGAAUAAUCAGAAGCAAAUGAGGAUUCUGCAGAAGAAGCAAGCUGAGAUUGUGAAAGAGAAAGUUCGUUUGCAGAGUGAACACAGCAAGGCUGUCUUGACAAGGGGCAAACUGGAGUCUCUUUGUAGGGAACUUCAGCGUCACAAUAAGACAUUAAAGGAAGAAAAUAUGCACCAAGCUCAAGAAGAAGAAGAAAGUCGUAAAGAAGCAGUGGCACAUUUCCAAAUUAGUUUAAAUGAAAUUGAGACACAGCUGCAACAGCGUGAUGUACAUAAUACCAGACUUCGCCAGGAAAACAUUGAACUGGGGGAGAAACUGAAGAAGCUUAUUGAACAGUAUGCACUGAGGGAAGAGCAUAUCAACAAAUUGUUCAAACAUAAGGAACUUCAACAACAGCUCUUGGAUGCCAGACUUCAGCAGACGACACAGCUCAUAAAGGAAGCUGAUGAAAAACAUCAGAGAGAGAGAGAGUUUUUAUUAAGGGAAGCAACAGAAUCAAGACACAAAUAUGAACAAAUGAAACAGCAAGAAGCACAGCUAAAACAUCAGCUUUCUGUGUAUAUGGAUAAGUUUGAAGAAUUCCGGACUACCAUGGCAAAAAGCAAUGAACUUUUUACAACCUUCAGGCAGGAAACGGAAAAGAUGACAAAGAAAAUUAAAAAACUGGAAAAAGAAACCAUAAUAUGGCGUACCAAAUGGGAAAAUAAUAAUAAAAUACUUCUCCAAAUGGCUGAAGAGAAAGCUAUUUGUGAUAAAGAGUAUAAUGCCUUUCAAAUAAAACUAGAAAGGCUAGAGAAGCUGUGUAGAGCUCUUCAAAUGGAAAGAAAUGAGCUCAGUGAAAAGAUGGAAGUCCUUAAAGAUCAGGUCUCUGUAAAAGCAGCACAUGUGGAUCCAGCAGUGCCUGUGUUACACUCCUGUGUUGUUGUUGGUUCUUGCAAAGGAACUGAGAACUUGCUCUGAAAGAGAUCCAGGAGACCAGCUGGACAUGGGACCCAAAGCAUCAAAUACAACAAAACGUUGUUUAAAAGACCCUUUCCACAGGAUUUCUUCUAAGCACUGAAUCAUUUGACUAAAACAAAGUAUGAUCACUGUGUUAGAAGAUGUAUUUUGUGUAUAACUUUCUCUGUUAAUAGUAACUGUUGGUUUUGUUAUGAAAUUUUCCUUACUUUUUCUACCAUAUCUGUAUUUUCUUAGAACUACUGGACUUAAAUGGUAUAAGAGGCUGUUUAGCAGUUUUGGGUUGUUUUAAUCUUUGUCUGUGUUGCACAUUUUCCUUAUUUCCCUCUUUCUUGGAAUUCAGGUAUAUGUGCAUUGCUUUGUUCUUUCAAUGUGUUCAUUUCAUUGUCUUGCUCCUUGUAGAUAGUUAUCAUAAAAUGAGACUUUGAAAAUGGUCCCUUGGUGCAAAAAGAAAUACUAAAUGCUCUAGCUUAUUAACAUAAUUCAAAAAGAAAAAAAUAUAAAGAUGAUUAGUUUUGCCCAGUAGCCCAUUUAAAUGCCAAGUAAAAAAUAAAAUCUAGUCUUGGAUCAGAAACAUGUAUAAGGUAUUUGAAUUAGGUUAACUUUUUGAUAAUACUUAUUCCCCUUGACAGUUGAGAUGACCACAACUCUUGAAUCUCUCAAAGUAGUAUAGGAUAAUAUAUACCGGGUCCCAGACAGUGGAAGAAAAGAAAUUCAUAUGAAAUUUGAAAAAUUUAAUUACUAUGCCAGAAUAAGCAAAGUAAAACUGAAUGUCUCCCUAAACAGCCUUUUAGAAACAUCAUCUUUAGCUACUAAAUGAAAUAUUGGACUCUAUAUUCCUAGUGAGUAUAUUUCACAAAAGCUCUGUGGAUGUAAGCACUUAGCAUUUUAUUAAGACAUUUGUGUGGCCCACCAUGUUACUUUGUGGUACUUGUGUAUGGAAGAUAAGUGUUGGGCUGCUGUACAUGGCAUUCUUAGCCUCCUGUUUUUGGCAUACUGUGUUAGAUAUUACUGUGUGGAAUAAUAUAUUAAAGGGAUAUUUAUUUUGUUAGACAUACACUUAGUUUUCUUUCAGAUUUUUUCCUGUGUUACCAAGUGAAAAAUGAGAAAAAAAAAAAAGCAGACCCCUUUUAGAAGGCUUUCCUCCUAAUCAGCAGUUACUUGAGCAGACCAGUGUUGUAGCUUUGUGGCAUGCCCAGUCUAUGCUAUUUACUACAACAGGGUUAGCAAACUACAGCCCAGGCUAGCCACUUUUGCAAAAUAACUUUGUUGGAACACAACCAAGCCUAUUAUUUUUGAAUCAUUUACGUAUUGUCUGUGACUGCUUUUGUACUACAACUACGUAAAUGUAAAAUACUUUCUGUCCCUUUAAGUUUGUCAUAGCCUGACUGAGAACAUUGUAGCUGGCAUAGGAAAAAUUUAAAUUUUUAAUUUAUUUAAACUGUGUUUGUUGCAUCAUCAUGGAAUCUUCUGGAGUUGUAGUAUCUAUACUGGCAGUGACUCUGAGGUAUACAAAAAGCUUGGGCCUUAGAUAGCAAACCAUUUUAUUAUCAGACUUGCAGUGAUAAGUUGCUUGAUCUUCAUACCAGCAGUUUCUAGUUUUUUUUUUUUUUUAAUGCAACUAUCUUAGUACACCUGGUUAUUACAGUUCAAUUCUCAGGUGUUGCAGAAAAACCUACCUCUUACAGACUGUAAAUGAAAAUAACUGAAAAAGUUUACAGUGUUAAACACACUGCUUUAUUUUUACAGCCCACAUGUUUCAUAAAGACAGAUUGAUAAGAGGCAAAUCUUGUUUUGUUCUUCAAAGACAAUUUGUACAGAUUUUUCAGUAACGGAAAUCUGGUUUUAUCUACUCAGUUUUG